CGAGGAGAGGCAUCGCUGAAAUGAGAUGAGGCUCAGAAAUGGAACUGUGGCCACUGCGAUUAUUUUCUUCACGUCUUUCCUCAGCCUGUCCUGGUACACAGCGUGGCAGAAUGGCAAAGAGAAGCUGAUCGCAUACCAGCGGGAGUUCCAUGCCUUGAAAGAGCGGCUUCGUGUGGCAGAGCACAGGACGCUGCAGCGCUCGUCUGAGCUCAACAACAUACUCGAGCAGUUCAGACAUGCCAUCGCUGAGACUAACAGCAGCAAAGAUGCUCUCACAAACUUCUCAGACGAGACACAGAAACUACUGAAGGAGCUUUCAAAUAGGAAACAGCUUCAGGUGCCAAAUAUCUACCACCACCUGCCUCACCUUCUCAACAAUGAGGGCAGCCUCCACCCUGCCGUGCAGGUUGGUCUAGGCCGCACAGGAGUUACCAUGGUGAUGGGGAUUCCCACAGUGAAGCGGAAGGUGAAGUCUUAUUUGUCAGAGACGCUGCGUUCGCUAAUAGACAAGCUGUCACCGGAGGAGAAACUUGACUGUGUGAUUAUUGUCUUUGUUGGGGAGACUGACCUAGACUACGUUCACAGCGUAGUUGCUGGCCUGGAGAAAGAGUUUUCUACGGAGCUGAGUUCAGGCUUGCUGGAGGUGAUCUCCCCACCAGCCACCUAUUACCCUGACCUCACCAACCUCAAAGAGACUUUUGGAGACUCCAAAGAGAGAGUCAGAUGGCGAACCAAGCAGAAUCUGGACUAUUCCUUCCUCAUGAUGUACGCUGUGAGCAAGGGGGUUUAUUAUGUCCAGCUGGAGGAUGACAUUGUGGCCAAGCCCAACUACUUUGCCACUAUGAAGAACUUUGCCCUGCAGCUCUCGUCAGAGGACUGGAUGAUCCUGGAGUUCUCUCAACUGGGCUUCAUUGGAAAAAUGUUCCAGGCUCCAGACCUAAACCUCAUUGUUGAGUUCAUCUUCAUGUUCUAUAAGGAGAAGCCCAUCGACUGGCUCCUGGACCAUAUUCUCUGGGUCAAAGUCUGCAAUCCUGAAAAAGAUGCGAAACAUUGCGAGCGUCAGAAGUCAAGCCUUCGUGUGCGGUUCAGACCCUCCCUAUUUCAACAUGUGGGACUCCAUUCUUCUCUUGCUGGAAAGAUCCAAAAACUCACAGACAAAGACUUCCUGAAGCCACUGCUCCACAAGAUGCAUGUCAACCCCCCAGCUGAGGUUUCCACUUCAGUGAAGGUGUAUCAGGGACACACGCUGGAGAAGACGUACCUAGGAGAGGACUUCUUCUGGGCCAUUACUCCUACUGCAGGAGACUACAUCCUCUUCAAAUUUGACAGACCAGUUAGCAUAGAGAGGUUUCUGUUUCGCAGUGGUAACCAGGAGCACCCAGGGGACAAAAUUGAGAACACUACAGUGGAAAUACUGCCUGUUUCGGAACCUGGACCGCAGACCAAAGAGAAGUACAAACGAACAGAGGAUCGCUUUUACAGAAUCGGCCAGUUUGAGAAGGGUGUGGCAGAGGGGGCUGUAGAUCCUUCCUUCAAUCCGAUCGUGGCACUUCGGCUUUCUGUUCUCAAAGACUCCGCUGUGUGGGCCAUCCUCAGUGAAAUACAUAUAAAGAGGAUAGCUGGCUGACUCUUCUGGAGUGGGCACAUGAAUCAUGGCCCCCGGGGGACCAAAAUCUCCUAGACUGCUUACGCAGGGCCUCUGGCACCUAGCAACCAGCAGUGAAAUCAUUAGAGCCCACUAGAGUUCUUCGUCUGAGUUUGUCUGAGGAAAGUCACCUCUCUGUCCCCCACUCUUCCUAAUGUACCUUGUUAUUUUGCUUCUCAUUGAUCGAUUUGUCCCUUUCUGUCUGCAUCUCUCCCUCACUCCUGUGCUCUUAAUUCCUUUGUGAGAAUGUGAAUACUACUGUCUAAAGAACAACAGCAGAGUGUGUGAAGACAUCUGUUCUCAGCUCUGGCUCUGAAAGUGACUGUGUUGCUCAGCAGCUUUGAACACGAUCAGAAAACGCCUGGACGAAUGAGGAGAAAUCUUCACAUCUGGGGAGAACCAGUCACCUGGCCACUGGUGCAGAUGCUGCCAAAUCCUUUUCUGUUACUCAAUGCUGCCACCCCUCGGGCAAGCUGGGGCAUUGCACUGUCACUAGCGCCUCAGCAUAGCCCAUGAUGAUCAAGAAUGUUGUCAUCACCAAUGGCCAGUUGCUAUCUGUUCUCGGCAGAGAUGACGGAGCUCUAGAUCAACACCAGCCCAAACAAAUAUGUUUUCCUCACUCCUUGAGUAUUGUAAGUCACACUUGAAUACUCCACUUGUCCUGAAACACAAACUCAGGAUGAGAUUUUCCAAACUUCCAAAAUCCUGCCCGAGGCCAGUCGGUGACAACCUUUACCAUUGGCCAGAUUCUGUGGUAUUUACCCCAGUCCAUCGAGAGAUAAGUACCAUGACACUAUAUCUAUCUCACCUCCUGUCUGACAGGCUGUGUAUGACCUCAGUGUCCAUUUAUAGUAUACUAAUCAGACAUUGCCUGGGUGUCAUUUUCCCGAAGGAGUAUAUUGUUAUAUUGAUAUAUUAUUACAGCUUUGACGAUCUAUGAAGGUGACUUAAUUUAUUUGAAAUAAAUCUUUAAUUUGUACAAGAGGUAAAAUAUAUUUUUUAUUCUAUUAAGAGAUGUUUAUGGUAGUUUAGAAUCUGUUUUGUGUAUUGUUUUUUUUUUCUUCUGAAUAUCUAUUGUACAUUUUAUUAUACACAGCUUCUUGUGAAAUUGCAUUGUCUGCAAAUUGGAAGUAGCUCAGUUCAGUUUGAUCCAAUUUCUUUACACUUGAAGUAAAAUGUAAAAAGUGAAACAAUUAAUUUUCACUGUUUACAAACUAAAUGAUAGGAGAGUUGUGAAUAUUCUUUUGAAGUAGCUGUGGGUCAAAAUUAGAAAAAUGUGCCUUAUAUUCAGGUCCCUUGAAAUUGCCUCAGCAAUAUUAUUCGAUCUGUUCCCUCCUACUUUUGCCUACACUUUGAUUGCUGGAUAUACUAAUAUUUUGAAAAUAACACAAACACUUUAAUUAGUGAUUGGAUGUCAAGAACAAAAUCUCUAUAUUAUGCCGAGUGACACUUGUAAAGGAGGGUUUUUUCGUACCAGAUUACCAUCUGAAACAGCAUGAUUUGCACUGCUUUUUCACUUUUAUGUUCCCAUCACACCCCUCACCAUUGUAGUUAAAUUUCCCAUCCUCGCACAUGUGGAUUCUCAUUUCACUGACUCCUCCAAAUCCACUUUACAAUUUAUUUUGUCCAAUCACAUAUCCGUUUUUUAAUUGGACAGAAUAUAGUGACUUAUGAUCAUUGCAGAGUGCGCAUUUGUGGUAUAAUUAGGCUGAGGUUGUAUAGUACUUUCAGUCAUUGUAAAUCUAUAAACAAGCAACAUGCAUCUCUUUCUCUCUCUUUGGCCUCACUUAAUAGUUAUUUGAAAUUCGCUUAUGUUUUGUGUUUGUGUGUGUGGCUAAUGUUGUGAGUGGAAUUUAUUUUGAAGUGAAACUUCACUCAUGUUACAUGUCAGCAGUUUAUUCAAGGGGGUAGUGAAGUGCCUUUUGGUGGAAUUGAUAUGAAAGUGGAACUUUUGCUAAUCAUGCUUGUACACAUGCAUGGUUAUUUUUUUGUAAUUUAUAAACAUUGUUUGUUUGUGUGGGGGGUUUUUUGUUUGUUUUUGUUGUUGUUUUUUUUUUUUUUUUUUUUUAAUAAAUCAGAGCAGGCUCCUCCACCCCUGAUCAAACCAUCUACACUAGAACUGUACUCACCAAAACAGAAGUGGUUCAAUUUUCCCUCUUAAUCAGAUUCUGUUAAUUGGGAGAAGAUGGUAGCAAACCAUUUAAAGGGUAGAACAUGUUGUUUUGAAAGGGUAAAGACACUGUCAGUACUGCUAACAGGAUUGGCUUCUGCCCCUUACCUGGCAUCCACAUACAAACUGAAACUGAAUGCAUGAAAACAGCAUGAACGGUCAUGUGAUCCCAUACUGUAUUUGUGGAAAGUGGACAGGAGACAAAGAAAUAAAUAAAUAAAAGAGAGGAUAUCCUCCCAUGCUCGACAACCCCAAACACCCAUCAGUUCAUGUGCCUUCAUCAUGUACAUGUGAAUGCCUACGUCUGAUGAUUUUGACAUCAUUUUUCAUGGACAUCUUUGAAAUAAAUGAUAA